CGAUUGACGGUCGAAGAGAUGGCUCGGAGGCGUGAGAAGGGAUUGUGCUUUAAGUGCGAGGAGAGGUUCACCCCAGGUCAUAAAUGUAAGCAAAAUUUUUUGAUCGAGUUUGUUGACGCAGGUGAUGAGGAGCCAGAAUUUGUGGAAGAAAGGGAAACGGAGGAGGUCGAGGUGCUCGAUGAUGAGGCCGAGAUCUCUGUGCACGCCAUGGCAGGCACCAAGGGCUCGAGGACAAUGCGAUUGCCGGCAUGGGUGAAGGACCGGCGAGUGACUGUGCUCGUGGACAAUGGGUCGUCGCACAACUUUAUUAAUACGACGCUAUCUCACAAACUUAAACUACCCACGUCCAUGGUCGAGCCAUUCGAGGUUCGGGUGGCUAAUGGUGAGCGACUGCGGUGCUCGAAGGUGUACCGAGGAGUGCCAAUCAAAUUCCAAGGAGUGACGGUGAAGGCGGACCUGUUUGCCUUGCCACUGGUAGGGCCGGACAUGGUGCUUGGGGUUCAGUGGCUCGAGGGACUCGGAGAUGUGACGAUCAACUAUCGGAAGGGCGUGAUGAAGUUCGAGACCGAUGAUGGGCUGGUCACCUUGAAAGCAAACGAAGGAUCGACCAAGGAGGUUGGUCUAAAAAGCAUCGAGAAG